CCCCCAGACUUCCUUGGGGUGUCCCCCGGCCUCCCGUUCCCCUUCCGCUCUCCUGACCUGGCAUCGACCCCCUCCGGAACCUCCUCUGGAGCUUCCCACUUCUCCACGCCCCUCCUAGAGGUCCAACCGUCUGCUCCCGGCUUGCGCCUUCUCCUCCCGGCUCCCAAAGCCGGUUCCCCCUCCCCCUCCGUCUCGCGCGUGCUCCCCGCCGGUCGCUGUUUUCCCAGGCUUGGGCCUCCGGUCGUGGGAUUCAGGCUCCUUUUCGCCUCUCCUCUCGCCCGUGUUUGCAGCCUCCUUUAGGAUUUUGGAGUAGCGGGGCAGCUUUGCGCUCGUUGGUGGGCACGUCCCGCUUCGUUCCCCCUACUCUUGGUUUUGCAGUGUCCUUAGCUUUAGAUGCAUGGUUGUACAUUGUUUAUAGUGAAUCUUUUUUUCACAUUCGAUGCUCUCACCCGACUAGAUUGGAACUCUGGGGGAGGUCAGAAAUUUUUUAUUUCGCGUCGGCAUAGGUUUUUUGUUUUUUGUUUUUUUUUAAAUCAAAUGUAGCCUUAUUUACAUAGAAGAGGCUUCAUAAAUGAGCUUCAUAAUAAAGUUUCAGUUUUUCAAGCUGGAGGGAAAGGAGUGAGUUGGGACGGUUACAGUGACAAAAAAUCUGAGAGAAUAUAGUUAAUUUCAAAAGCCUUUGACCCCUGGCCUUGGAGAAUCUUUGAUCCUCCUCUGACUGGGACUAGGUAGAGCCACUGUCAGAGAGAAGAGCAUUUAUAUCUAAAGGGAGGAAAGUUCCUGGGUCUCAUAGUCUUGAGGAAACCACUGGUUUAAUGCCAGUGCAGGAAGUGACUUGUCUUAAGUUACACAGGGACUUACAGCCCGAGCUGGAACUGUUAACUGCCUGUUUACUUUUGGCCCUCAAUAUUUGUCGAGCAAAUCAACGUCCAAACUCUCUGUGUAUACGUGCUGUGCAGUGGGAGCGCCUAAGGGCCAGACUGUGGGAAUGAAUGCUCCUGCUACUGGUUCAUUUGUGCUCGGUUCCCUGGGUCCUGGAAGUUCCUAACCCAAGGCUGCCAGUUAUUGAUAAGAGAAUGAAGCAUAAUUUGCAGGAUCAUCCUGGCACACGUGAUAGUGUCUGGCGUGUUGUAGGUGGUGAAAAGAUGACAGUUGUGAAGAGUGGAUGGUUGCUGCGACAAAGUACUAUUUUAAAGCGCUGGAAGAAGAAUUGGUUUGACCUGUGGUCAGAUGGUCACCUGAUCUAUUAUGAUGACCACACUCGGCAGAGUGUUGAGGAUAAGGUCCAUAUGCCAGUGGACUGCAUCAACAUCCGCACAGGGCAUGAAUGUCGGGAUAUUCAGCCUCCAGAUGGGAAGCCAAAAGACUGCAUGUUGCAAAUUGUUUGCCGAGAUGGAAAAACUAUCAGUCUUUGUGCAGAAAGCAUGGAUGAUUGUUUGGCCUGGAAAUUUACACUCCAGGAUUCCAGGACUAACACAGCUUAUGUUGGCUCAAAAGUCACGUAUGAUGACACAGCUGUGGCUUCUUCCCCACCUCCUUAUACAGCCUAUGUGGCACCAAACCCUGAGGCAUAUGGCUAUGGUCCAUACAGUGGUGCAUACCCACCAGGAACUCAAGUUGUUUAUGCUGAGAAUGGACAGGCUUAUGCUGUAUCCUACCAGUACCCAUAUGCAGGACUUUAUGGACAACAGCCUGCCAACCAAGUCAUCAUUCGUGAGCGGUAUCAAGACAACGACAGUGAUCUGGCGCUGGGCAUGCUGGCAGGAGCAGCCACAGGCAUGGCCUUAGGAUCCCUGUUCUGGGUCUUCUAGAGUCCUUGCAGUCGAUUUACAUAUAGCUCCUGCUACCCUUGUGUAAUAAUAUCAUUUGCAGAGCAUUUUAGUUUAUGAUAAAUGUUUUCAGUAAUAGUUUUAAUAGUUCUUUUCAAAGUAGUGACAUCAUAGUUAUAAGUAAUCCACGUAAGUGGACUGCUCUUUAGACAGAACAUGAACUCUUUGACAGCACUAGCUCAUUCUAUAGUUUCCUUAUGGAACUCUUGAAAUACCUUAUUUAAACAUACAUGUUUUGAAAGGCAUUUUCUUUUUAGAGUUAGGCGUAGCCCUUAAGGGAUAAGUUAUUUAGUGUUAUGCUAGUAGUAUGAUGAUAUGUAUGAAUGAGUGAGUGAGUGACUCUGGCAAGAAAAACUGUAGAUUCUUUUGGUUUAACAUCAAACAUUCAAACCUGAAACCAGAACCUGGCUAGGCUACAUGUUACUUCAGGAGCUGUUGGCUGUAAGCCACCAGGGAACUACCCUGAGGCAGUGGUAUGAUAGCCCCAGGACCUCUAAGGCUUUGCAGGCCUCCAGCAAGGCUGACUUCUCAGGGUCAUGGGUGGGGACAGGACAAUAGCUCCCGUUAAAAUGAUGCUUUUCCGGUUUGGUCCUCCUUGUUUGUUUUUGUUAGCAAUCCUUGGAAAAAAUACCAAAUUUGAAAUCAACUUGAACCUUAAAGUUUUAGAGCUUUAUCUUUUAAAUCUUGAAGAAGGCAAAACAAUUGCAAACAAGUAUGUGGAGAUUUGCUUUAUUUGGAGACAUUAUGUUUUUAGUGUCAGCUUAGAGUAUUUUUAUUGCCACCUCAGCCUAGUUAUAGCUUAUUUUUCUACCUGUGGAGAAAGUAAUAUUUAAAGAAUAGUGAGAAAAAUAGAAUGAGAGCCAUAGUUACAGUGUUACUGUUUCAGGCCUUGCUGGGACUGCACGGCACAGAAGAUUCUCUUUUCCAUCCUUUUGAAGGCUUUUAAAGAGCAGAUUUCCUGUCUUGUAGGACUGGGGCACUGUGGCUGUCCCUUGAGUACGGGGAAGUGUGCAGCCUUGGUGGUGGCAUGGUGAGGGCUGGUGGUGGUACUGAAACGAAAGGAGUCCAUCUGCCUGUGCACGUCUGAGUCAAAGAAAAAAAUAUGUGCAGGUUUUGCAGCAAAGAAAGUAAGGAUUUAUUUUAGAGAGUUGCAAGUCCUGGAGAUGCAGGGUGAGCUAAUGGUCUUAACCAGUUCCCCACCACCACCCACGUCCCCUGCAUCUCAGGAGUAGUACAAAUUAUAUAGGGAAAAAUCAGUAGUCAUGGAAACUAAAGGAGUUGGGGCUGGGUGCUACUGAUUGGACGAUUGGAUGGGGCUGGGUAAUUGAUUACUACAUUCAUUUCUGGAAUCAGUCCAACGCCAUCCUGUCCAGUCCCCUGGCCAGUGGGGUUCUGCCUUGGUGGGGCUGAAACACAUCUACAGCUAAGAUGUUAUCCUUAGUGUAACCAGAAAUUAUUGUCCUCAUGAUUAUAGACCUGAGACUCGAUAAACUCUAUGUCCUAAGGCUUAAUAAAUAAAGGAGCAGGCAAACACAGGUAGAGGGAGAAAAGGUGGAAUAAGCAACCAGUUUGAAUCAGAAAAAGCUAUAUUAAAGAAAUGAAGUUUGUAUACAUGCAGUUCAGCGCAGUUACAGUGGGACCAUGACUAUUGUGGAGUCUCUGGGAAUAGAUGGGAUAUGAGACCUCAGGACAUGAAUCACCUGUUCAAGAUCCACUCAACUUGACCAGGACACCAGCCUGGUUUUUAUUCCUGACUCAAAUGUCAUAGAGAAGCUUAAACCAUUUAAUUUUGAACCCUAUGUGUGAGGUCUGGAAAACCCACAUUUUUGCAUUGUUGUUAUUUCUUAUUUCUUUAACUGUGUGAAUUUUAAAGCUCGUAAUUAUCCCAGUUUUCUGUCCUACAUGCUUUAAAAAUGUACUUUUACAAAUGCAGAUUAAUAUGGUGAGGUUCUCUAUGCUUCCAUGCCAUGUGGCCCUAUUUUUAAUAAAAUAUACUCCUAGUAGUACAAAUUCUGUUUUUAUUCUGUGUGGCUGUUUACAUACAUACUCUUAUUUUACUGUUCAACUGACUCUAUCUCUGAGGCUGACAUAAAUAGAUCUCCAUGUGAAACAAGAUGCCAAAUGAACUUUGUGGUGACUACAGAUCUAUUUUCGUAGUCAAUUCGAGUGGACUUUUUGACAGCGGAGAGUCUGUUUUCAGUUGAAAGAAAGUGUACUUGACUAUCCUCUCUUUGGAUGUUUGACAUGGUGGAAAAUUGCCAAAUGUGAUAUGUGACAACACUAGUUUUUAUAGCUAAAAAUGUUGCUUUUAUGAUUUUAUGUGCUAUGUAAUAAGAAUGGCUUUUCAGAUGGUAAUUUUUAAAGCUGUAUGUUUUACUUACAGAAAUGAAACAGUUUUUAAUGUUGUAAUAGAGUAUUAAUUUUGAACUUGGAGCUGUUAGAACCACAGACUAUUGAGUUAUGUCAUUGAGAUGCCCUUGAUUCAGUCGUGCUUUGUUCCCUUGGCUGCCUUCCAACUGAAGGGUGAGAGCUGUGGACUGAUGCCCCCAUCCCUUUUCAUCAGUGGGGCAACCAUAGUUGAAACUCAAAAUUCACUCACUAGAAACUUGAUUCUGAUAUGAAAUGUAUACUGAAUAUAAAGAUGAACUGAGAUAUUUCAUUUCCCUAGCCUCAGCUCUUAAAGAUGCCAACUUUUUGAUUGCUUCACUUAGUUAAUCCUAAAUCAAGAAGUUUAGGUGAGUUGGAAUUAACUUGUUUAGGUCUGAGUAAGCAUUUUACUUGCAUGUGUAUUUUUAAAUAAUGUACGUGGAAGAAGUUGGCCAUUGACAUUGUACACAUACCAAUCUGAUUGUUUUUUGGCUCUGUUCUUUAAAUUCAUUGAGCUAACUUUAAGGACUUAGAUGGUAAAGAAGAAGAGACCAGUGGCUGUAUUUCAGAUUAUCAUUCGUGAAACAGGCCAGACCAGAAGCCACGAUCUGGAUCAUAAGGAGAAGUUCUUGUUGAGAUAGAAUGACCCGAUUAUUUUCUACAUCAGUUGUGAUUAUGUGUAAUCUUUUUCUCCUUCUCAAGUUUAUGUAGACUCAGGCAUGGAAUGAAGUUUCAUUUUUAACCCCUUAGAGUUGAUUUUUUUGUCCGAUUUUUUCCCUUUCUCUCGUAUUCUGUUGUGCCCACAGAAUCUAUUUUUCACUGUAUAUGCAAAUCGUAUGUUUAAAAGUGAAAAUGAAAACAUUAAAUGAUGUUAACCUUAAA